CCAGUGUGGCAGCUAGACACAACUUCACUUGGUGAUGGACACUGAUGCCAUGUAAUAAUGGCAGUCAUUAUAUGGUUCUACUUAUUGAUGAGUCUGGAAGUUGGAUGUGACUGCUAUGAAAACCAGACCUGUAAAACCAUCCGCAUGCCACGUAAAUUUCCCUGUGAUGUAACCGAGUGUGGAUCGAAUGUCACGUUUGAUUGUUCAAUGAGGCAUCUGAAGAACAUCUCUGACAUUUCAGACAGCAUAUUUACGAAUACAACUGAGCUGAAUUUGACAGAAAAUGUAAUUCCAAAUAUUCCUCAAAAUGCAUUCUCAAAGCUGUUAAAUCUCAUUGUGCUGGAUCUCAGAUGGGUCAACGGAAAUGAAGAGGUGAACAUUGAUAAUAAAGCAUUCAAGAAGCUGAGUAAACUUCAAGUCCUGAAACUAAAUGGCAUUCACCUCCACAAUAUUCCAUCACACUUGCCAGUCAGUUUGCAAAUCCUUGAGCUCAGUGAAAAUCACAUUGUUCAUCUGGACAAACAGCAACUCUCUGCCAUGGAAAAUAUCACAAAACUAUGGUUACCCAGAAACUGCUUCAGCGAAAAUCCAUGUGACACUUCUUUCACAAUCAAAGACAACACUUUUGAAUAUACGGCUAAGUUGGAGCAUUUAGAUCUGGCCUUCAAUAAUUUAACCCGUGUUCCUAAAAAUCUACCCAGCUCUCUUUUGAAAUUAGACUUGGAGACAAACCGCAUAGAGUAUAUCUCUAAGAACGAUUUUCAAGGACUACAUAAUUUAACGCACCUAAUGAUCCAAGGAAACUGCCCAAGGUGCUCGAAUGCUCCGUAUUCUUGUGUUCCUUGCAAAAACACUUCUCUUUUAAUUCAUCCUCGUGCUUUUGGUGAUCUUACAAAUCUGACCACACUUAACAUGGGAGGAAACUCUCUUAAGUAUUUGAGCCCUUCUUGGUUUUUAAACAUGCCAAAUCUCAAAAAGCUUCUGCUACCAUUUAAUCUCCUAUUCAAAGCAGUUACUGGGAAACAACUAUGGUUAAGAUGUCUUCCAAAACUAGAAGUACUAGAUCUCUCAUUUAAUUAUGAAUUGAAGAUUUAUCCUCGAACACUGGAUCUCUCUGAGGAUUUUAUCCAUCUCAAGUCACUUGUUACUCUGCAUUUGGAAGCUAUGGUUUUUAAAUACAUUUCUCUUAAAAGCCUCAACCCUUUAUAUCAACUCAAAAACCUCUCCUCCUUAAACUUGGCAACAAACUUUAUAAUUCAAAUUGAAGAUGAUGUUUUCAGCAAAUUUCCACCACUGAAACUGAUAUUACUUUCUGAAAACAGGCUGUAUCCAAUUACUGUGGAGAAUACAUCACAUCCAAAAACACAAUAUGAUCAAAAGCACAACAGCAUUUCCAUUUCACCUCUCACUAGAAGAAUUCCAGACUAUAAGGUUCAUAGGCAUAUCAAAGAGGAAUGCUAUAAUGCCGGAAAUGCUCUUAUUUUAAGCAGAAACAAUUUUUUCUUUAUUUCUGAUUAUCAGUUCAAAGGUUAUAAAGACAUUGCAUGUUUGAACCUCUCACAUAAUGGAUUUUCUGUGGCACUUAAUGGUACUGAAUUCUCCAAAUUGCCCAAUCUGACCUACCUGGAUUUGUCUUUCAAUAAAAUUGAUCUGGCUUAUAACUGGGCAUUCAAAGACCUGCCAAAACUAGAAGUACUAGAUAUUAGCUACAAUGCGCAUUACUUUGAAGCAGUUGGAAUAACACAUAAUUUGAACUUCACACUAAACCUGCCAGUUUUGCGAGUUUUAAAUAUGAGUUACAACAACCUUAAUGCAUUAACCACAAAAGAGAUGUAUAGUGAAUCCUUAUCAGAACUUCAGUUUCAACAAAAUAAUCUUGGGGAACUUUGGAGAGACAAAGCCUAUUAUAAUAUUUUCACUCAUCUGUCUAAUUUGAGCAUAUUGGACAUAUCAUACAAUGACAUUGCACAGAUUCCUCAUAAAAUUUUAAAAAAACUGCCUCAAAACCUUACCCACCUAAUCAUCAGCCACAAUUCACUUUCACAUUUUGAAUGGAACAUGCUUAAAUCUUUUCACAGACUUCAAGUUCUAAACCUAAGUCACAAUUGUUUGUCUAUGUUGACAUUCAGAUCCGAAAAUGCUACUUCACUGAAAGUGCUAGACUUGAGCCACAAUCAAAUUAUGAAACUGAAUGAGCAGAUUUUAUCAGCUAGGGGUAACCUUAGUACUCUUUUUCUGAACUACAACAGGUUAACUGUCAUCAACCAAUCAUCGUUUGAUUCUGAUCGACAAAGUGAGAUAACUUUGUACAUUGAUAAUAACCCUUUUCAAUGCACCUGUGAUUCAUUCGAUUUUAUUCUGUGGUUGGAAAAUAGUACUGUAAAAAUACCCCGACUGACAACUGAUGUGAAGUGUGACACGCCAAGGAUGCCAGAACAACCGCUUCUAAUCAACUUUGACAUUCAGCAAUGUGGUAAUGAGGCUUUUACUUACUAUAUUAUCACAAGCUCUUUUAUUUUUGUUUUCAUGUUUGUGACCAUGGCUGCCCAUCUGUUCUACUGGGAUGCAUUCUACAUUUUCUACCUUUUAAAAGCUAAACUCAAGGGAUACAGCUCUCUGCACUCACCUCAAAGUGUGUAUGAUGCCUUUGUAGCUUAUGACGCCACAGACCCAUAUGUGUCUGAGUGGGUGAUGGAGAAACUUGUGGUGAAACUGGAGGAGGAGGGAGAGAAUCCUCUGUGUCUGGAGGAGCGGGAUUGGUUUCCAGGGACACCUCUUCUGGAUAACCUAAGUCAUAGCAUCAGAAAUAGUCGGAAAACGCUCUUUGUUUUAACAGCGGACUAUGUGAAGACUGGGAUGUUCAAGAUGGCCAUGUACCUUGCUCACCAAAGACUUCUGGAUGAGAAUAUUGAUGUUAUUUUGGUUUUGAUGCUAGAACCAGUGUUGCAACAUUCCCCUUUCCUACGCCUGAGGAAAAGGCUGUGUGACAAAAGUGUAAUGGUAUGGCCCAAAACUACAGCGGCCCAGUCCUGGUUUUGGCAGAACCUGAAAAACAUAAUCAACGUGGACAAUGAGUUCCUGUACAACAAAACAUACAUUCACUAUUUCACCAGCAGAUAGAGUGUUUGGAGAAUUACAGAACAUUUGUACACAGAAAUAGGAUGGCAUAUUUUUACACCGCUUAACUGUUUGUUUUGUUUUGUUUAGUUUU